AACUGAAAAGAAAAAAAAACAAAAAUAAAAAUCGGAACUGAGAAUUUUUUUUAAACACCUCCCGAGUCCAAAAAAGAAGAUAUAUUUUCAGAGGAUGAGUUUCUGCUUAAUUCAACCAACAACGAGAUAUUUGAAGUGACGGGCUACAGAGUAAACCUUUACAGCACUCCCGAGGUUUGCCAGUGUAAUCUCUGCCAAGUUUCUCGCCACUGAAAGGCGUUCUGCCUCCUGCUGUCGGUCUGCACAGCCUGGAAAAUCUGUUGGUGUCCAAAGGAUGUUGAAGAGAAGGUGACAACACCGUAUCAGCACCUUGUUGUAUUUGGACUACAUCCUUAAAGAACUUGGACUAUAUCCUAAAAGAAGUUGACUUUGAUUCGUUCGCUCAGUCUCACUGCACACAUUUCUGGUUUUGUGCGUGUGUGCAGACGGAUUUGUAUUUGCUGGAUAAUACUCCCAGAAGCAAAAGGGCAAGCAAGACAAGUUUCUUUUUUAUUUAGUGCAAUAGGCUUCUUUCAGCCUCCACCGGUUCCGGCUGUAAUGCUCCUUUGUCAGCAGCGAUGGGAGUCUUACAGCCAUUGAUGUACGCCUUUGAUGCGCCCGGACACAUUUCUCCUCUCUCGCAGCACUGAUUCUUUCCGCCUUCAAGUCACCCAUCUCAGCCUUUUUUCCUAUAACAUUCAGAGAGGGAGUGCACAUCCUUCCCCUUUUUCCGACAACUGCUAAAGACUGCUAGGUGAUAGUGAUCAUGGAUCGAUGAAAAUGCUUAUUCAGAUGAUUGUGAGAUGAAGUGUGAGGCCCUGCAACGCAGAGUGAUAAAGGACACCGCGCAGGCAACUUUUGACACCACCGUUUUUUCUUUAUUUCAUUCUUUUUAAACUUGUUGUAGAAAUAAGUGUGCAUAGCCUGGCCGUAGCUGUUCAGGACGGAAACGAUGGCGCUGAGUGGAAACUGUAGGACUAACCCUAAAGAGCCGACAUCCGUUCAGAACAGUUUCCCAGAUGUUGUCGAAUUAAAUGUAGGGGGACAGGUUUAUUAUACACGUCAUUCAACUUUGGUGAGCACCCCGAAUUCCUUACUUGGCAAGCUAUUCUCUUCCAAAAAAGACGCAUCUAAUGACUUGACGAGAGACCCCAAGGGCCGUUAUUUCAUCGACAGAGACGGGUUUUUAUUCCGGUAUGUGUUGGACUACCUACGAGACAAGCAGGUCGUCCUCCCGGACCACUUCCCGGAGAAAGGGAGGCUCAAGAAAGAGGCGGAGUACUUCCAGCUUCCCGACUUAGUGAAGCUCCUGACCCCUGAGGAUAUCAAGCACAGCCCGGACGAUUACUUUCACAGCGACUAUGAAGAUGGGUCCCAGGGUAGCGACCACCGACAGUGCCCGCCGCCCUCCCUCGUCCCCGCGGAUAGAAAGAGCGGGUUCAUCAAGGUAGCCAAGUUCCGGAGGGUACCUCGGAUACUGAUAUGCGGGCGUGUGGCCCUGGCUAAAGAAGUUUUUGGGGAGACUCUGAACGAGAGCCGGGAUCCGGACAGGACCCCGGAUCGGUACACUUCCAGGUUUUACCUCAAGUUCAAACACCUGGAGAGGGCUUUUGACAUGCUGUCGGAGUGUGGUUUCCAAAUGGUGGCCUGCAACUCAUCAGUCACAGCCUCAUUUGUCAACCAGCACACUGAGGAUAAGAUCUGGUCCAGCUACACAGAAUACGUCUUCUACCGUGGUCCAUCGCGUUGGUCCUCGCCUCCAUGUGACUGCUGCUGCAAGAACCACAAGGGUGAUGGCGAGAGUGGCACCUCCUUCAAUGAGCUCUCCACUUCCAGCUCUGAGAGCCAGUCAGAGGCCAGCUCUCCCCAGGGAACUGUCAUAUGCGGCCCGGUAAGCCGCCAGCCGCACCCCCACGCCAAUGUUCAGACCCUGGACAGACCGAUCAAAAAGGGCCCAGUCACCAUGAUCCAACAGUCCGAACAGCGGCGAAAGAGUGACUUGCUGCGCACCCUCACAGCAAGCUCCCGUGACACCAGCACGUGCAAGAAAAGGCCAGCGAAAGAGAAGCUGACGGUCGAGGAGGAGCUGGAAAAGUGCAUUCAAGACUUCCGCAAGAUCAAGAUCCCAGAGAGGUUCCCUGAGAGGAAGUAUAUGUGGCAGGCUGACCUGCUGAGAAAGUACCGCCUCUGAGCCAGAAAACAGGGCAGAGCAAGCAGACAUGAGGCCAAGGAUCAGUUUACGCUUUUUGAUCCAGACUUCUGCAACAAAAUGGAGAUAACACUAAACUCAUUUGAAUCCAGUUUCUGGGAAAACGCCACCUUUACGCUGGGUUGAAAGUCUGCAAGGAAGCUAAAAAGAAGCAUAAAAAAACUGUUGCUCUUAUUGACCUAUGUACUAUGUGUGUGUGUGUGUGUGUGUGUGUGUGUGUGUGUGUGUGUGUGUUGUUUAGGGCCAUUGUAUGUAUAGUAAGUAUGUGCUGUACCUCGCUGAAUGCUUUAGAGCUUUGAAUAACUUAUCCCUGAGCGUGAAUCAAAAUGAGUGAGAGACAUCCUCUGUGAAUCAACCAACCAACUGAAGGACUGCAGAUGGCUACACCGGAGCUUACUGAGGGUUACUGGACUAUACACACUGUCACCCAUCAUCAUUUUGCUGAAAACCCAUCAAAGGAGCCACAGUUUAAGUCCACUAAGAAAAACACUGAUUUAGCAUGUGAAUGUGUGUGUUUAUGUGUGUGUUCGCACUCCAGUGGCCUAGAGGUCACAGAUAAAUCUGCAUCAGGACCCAUUAAUAAUUCAUGCUGUCUUGACAGUGCUCUCACUAUAAAUACACCUAGAGCUCUCUGCUGCCAGGGUGGCAUAAAUGGCUACUUUACUUUUAGGCAACAUUUUGGGACUUCUGAGGCAGGAGGAGGUACAAUUUCUUCAGCGCUGCAAUUAAUUUUCUUUCCUAAUAUCGGUUAUAUUGCAAACGUACCCCAAGAGAAUCAAACUGCCCUGCAUUGCAGUCAUUUCUGCCAUGUUGGCUAAAUGUAGAGCAAUACCCAGGUGACUGUGUGAAGGAUAAGUGGAAGAGUGAAGGAACUGAUCUGAUGGCCAGGCCAUGGGGAAAUACUUUAGUUCAAUAAAGAUCGGUCCUAAUAUAAAACACCUAUACACACACUUUCUCUUUCCCAUCAUCAGCAUUUAACUGUAUUUACAUUAUCAAAACAAGCAGAGCACUGAAAAACACUCCACACACAAGCAUACAGAGGAUUGAUAAUGAGGUCAUUUGGUGCCAUGCUCAAUAUGAAUAGACACAGAGAAUGGGACAGGAUUUUUACUUUUGCUCACUCUGUCAACACAGACGGAUGCUUUUUUUCCAAUGACUGCUGACAUUAUAAUCAAUAAUUAUUGAUUAUAGGGUCUGGUGACCGAGCUCAUAGAUAUGGCUCUUCUUUACACUUAUUAAGGAAGCGUCUGUUAAUGUCAAAGACAAGCUUUUUGUGUAUUCAGUGAAAAUCAGCCAUUAUUUGUGUAUUCAUAUACUGCAUGGUCUCCUGGCUCUGUCAGAGUUAGUGGGAUGCAUUGUGGCAUGGUUACACAAACAAAUAUGGCACAGUUAUUUUGAAAGAGUGCAAUUCAGGAACACAAUUCAAUUUAAGCUGAUAAGGUUAUUUAUUUAAAGCUCUUUCUGUAUCAUAUAGUAUGACAAAAUUAUCUAUAAAUUAUUUCACAAAGCAAAUUAAAUUAUUGGCACAGAAAACAGCAAAGCACACAAACAUUCACUGCUGCUGGAAUUAUAAGACGUUCCUGAUUAGAGCUAUGAUGGUAACCUUUGAAUGAAUUGUUCCUCUCAGAUUGAAACGGGUAGUGUUAUUGACAUCACAAUUUCUGUUUUAAGAGGGAAGUAUAUGCCAAUAAAGGCCUAAAAAAAAUUCUAACAAUAAUAACAGUCAAAACAAAAGAAACAAAUGCAUGACAUAAGUUGAACAAAUAUAAGCAGCUUUAUUUUUUAGUUUCUAUAAGAGGAAGUAGCUGAAGUAGGUGACUGCUAAUCGACUGCAUACAGAUACAUAUGUUUGAUGAUUACAGCUUAAGGUUAAAAAAAAAAAAUCAAGGUAUUUAUGAAUAUUGUGAUAGACAGCUCUGAUGAGAGAUGUAUUUCAGUUAAGUUAUAAAUAUUUAUUAACUGACGUAUAUAGAUGAAACUUCUCUUGGUAGUAGAAGGAAACAAAAACAAAAGGAGCGUAAAGCAUUUUCACAGAGAAACGUUAUUGAACUUCUCAUAUAUUUGAUAUCGAAGCUUGAGUGGGCAGAACAUAGGGCUUUAUUAACAAUCAGAGCUUUUUGCAAAAGCACAACGUAUACAGUUUAAUUAUGAGCACACAGAUAAUAAAAUAUGCACAAUAUAUAGUUAUUCAAAGAGUAAUUUAUAUGAUAUGUUAAAACUGAUAAUUACAAAUGCUUUAGUAUACUUAUUUUUGUAUCGACAGGCCUUUAAAUUGAUAUAUAAUCCAAUGCCCUUAUGUUCCCCAUAAAAUGCAUUUCCUGUGAGAGAAGAGGUUCAAGGGUCAUAAGGUACAGUCUUAUGCAAAAGUUUAGGCACCCCUUGAUAAAUAACAGA